AUGAAUGCAGGUAACAGUAUGUCACUUGCAAGCAACACGUCUGUUAAUUCCACUACAGAAGAUCCUGGAAUUAAAAGUAAAGGGUUUCUUGGAAAUAUAAUAGUUAUGUUUAUUUUGGCCUUGAUGUUCAACAUUUCUGCUCUUGUCAUGAUCAUCAGGUCCUCAAAGUCCCACAGAUGGAGUGCUUUUUACAGACUAAUGGUGUCAUUGAACAUCACAGACUUAUUUGGUAGUAUCACAUGCUUCCCAGUACUUUUGGCUACGUAUGCCAACAACGUCGAAUGGCAAGGGGGUCAACAGCUUUGUAAUUAUACCGGGUACAUGAUUAGUUUUGUCGUCUUGUCGUCUGCUGCCAUCGUAGGCACCAUGUCGCUAGAAAGGUUCAUUGGAGUUUGGUUCCCAUUCUUCUAUAAUAAUCCCACAGCAAAAGAAAGGCGAACGAACAUUUUGCUUGGAACAGUUUGGGUCACAGUGGCUUUCAUCUCCCUUCUUCCUAUCAUCGGAUUUGGUGAAUAUGUUUUACAGUAUCCGGGUACUUGGUGCUUCUACAAUUUCAGAGCUCAAAAUCUGGCAGACAAGAUAUAUGCAUACAUGUACUCUGUAUUUUGGAUUUUAACCAUUCUUUUUACUAUUAUAUUUAAUUUAGUCAAAUUAGUAUUGAGGCGAAUCAGAGCACAGGACAAGAAGAAACAGUAUGACAAAGCCAACAGAAAUGAAAUUUAUUCCAUCAUUCUCCUGAUUAUUAUUGUCAUAGUAACAGCCACGUGCGGAAUCCCUAUGGCGAUUCGAGCCAUUGUGAAUGAAAGUGGAUCUAUGAAAGACAAUAGCGCCGAUCUCCAUGCAAGCAGGAUGGCCACCUUUAAUUUAGUUUUAGACCCCCUCGUCUACAUUUUCUUCCGUAGGGAAAAUCUCGAGUGUCUGUUCCGAUUUAUAAGAAAAAGGCACGGGAGAUCCGAAAAAUCGCCAGAGCAGUGCAAUAGUACCAGUACUAAAACUGACAACAAAGCAACAUCUGCUUCCAACCAAGAGAAAAUUGAAAUCAGUUCAUCAACCUGA